GGGGCGGCGGGGGGGAGGGGGAAAAAGAGCAGGGUGGGCUUUUGUUGUUGUUGUAGUAAUAGUAGUGGGAGGGUGGGGGACUAGCUAACAGCUCCGGUGGCUGAACCCGGAGCAGGCCCCUUGGGCGCCCCCACCCUCUCCCGAGCGGGACCUGAGCGGGUGGGGGUGGAAGGGAGGCCGGUGUGAGAAGGGAAAGGAGAAGCCUGUCGUAAUUACUCGUGAUGCGUCCCUGCUGCCUGAAGGAGCUGGGGGCUUUGCACGGCCUACCGUAAUUACCCUCUCUGAGGCCCCCCCAAACAUUUUCUCCAAUACCCACCAGCAAGUUUGAAUGUCAAAGUGUAUGGGAAAGAAAACAUCUCAUAUGAUACCUUGGUGCUGAAGAGCUGGAAGGGAACUAAACAGCCAUCACUUAACAUCUUUGCUGUGACGUUGAGCCAGGCUAUCGCUAGCGCCCUAAAGAAAAAUUUUCUCGAUCUGAAACUGCAGUCAGAGAAAAAAUGGCACAUACCGACCAAGCAAGGGGUAGCUGCCAGCUGCUCAAAUCCUGUAAAAUGCCUGUGCCCUGUUGAGCAUCUUAGCAUCUGCUCCCCAGCUGUCACCUUCAUUUUUGUGGACUUUUAAGUGUGCUCUCUUAAACGAUCAGCUCUACAAAGAGCCAUGGCCACCACAAAUCCUCUGGAGAACCUCCAGGUAGAGGCUAGCUGUUCUGUCUGCCUGGAGUACCUUAAAGACCCCGUGAUCAUUGACUGUGGGCACAACUUCUGCCGGGUCUGCAUUACCCGCUGGUGGGAGGAGUUAAACCGUGACUUCCCAUGCCCCGUCUGCCGUAAGACUUUCCGCCACCGCACACUGAAACCCAACCGACAGCUGGGCAACAUGGUGGAGAUAGCCAAGCAGCUGCAAGUCACCAACAAGCGCAAGGUGCGGGACGAGAACUUGUGUGAGAAGCACAACGAAGUGCUUCGCCUCUUCUGCAAAGAGGACCAGGAGGCAGUUUGUUUGGUGUGCGAAAUCUCCCAUGAGCACCGCUCUCACACAGUCGUGUCUCUGGAUGAUGCUUCCCUGGAGUAUAAGGAGAAAUUGCAGAAGUGCCUAGAGCCGCUAGAACAAAAGCUGCAGGACAUUGCCCACUGCAAAUCCCAGGAGGAGAAGAAGCCAGGGGAGCUCAAGAGGAAGGUUGAGAACCGACGUCAGCUCAUCAUCAGUGAGUUUGAGGAGCUGCAUCAGUUCCUGGAGGAGGAACAGCAGGUGCUAUUGCGGAGGUUAGAGGACGAGGAGAAAGAGAUCCUGCAGAAGCUGAAAGAUAACGUGGCAGAGCUGUCAGAGCAGCGGGUCUCCCUCAACAGCCUCAUCACAGAGAUUGAGGAGAAGUGUUUGCAAUCAGGCAUAGAGAUGCUCAAGGAUGUAAAGAAUACACUUGAAAGGUGUGAAGAGUUGCAGGCCAAAGAACCGAGCCUGAUCCCUAUUGAGCUCGAAAAGAAUUUCUGCAACUUUCCCAGGCAGUACUUUGUCCUGCGCAAAAUCAUCAAAAGGCUGACAGGUUGCUCAAGCCAGGGAGAUUUGACUCUUGACCCUGAAACUGCCCACCCCAACCUAGUGCUCUCUGAGGACCGCAAGAGUGUCAAGUUUGUGGAGCAGCGGCUGCGAGACUUGCCUGAGAGCCCAAGACGCUUCACCGUCUAUCCCUGUGUCUUAGCCACAAAAGGCUUCACCUCAGGCCGCCACUACUGGGAGGUGGAAGUGGGUGAAAAGACCCACUGGGCUCUGGGGGUCUGCAAUGACUCAGUCAGCCGUAAAGGAGAGACGACCUCCUUGCCCGAGACUGGUUAUUGGCGGGUGAGGCUAUUCAAUGGGGACAAAUACGCAGCCACCACCACCCCAUUCACCCCUAUCAAUGUCACCAUCAAACCCAAGCGAGUCGGCGUCUUUCUGGACUAUGAGGCUGGCAAGUUGUCCUUCUACAAUGUCACGGACCGCUCCCACAUCUAUACUUUUACUGACACCUUCAGUGAGAAGCUUUGGCCUUUCUUCUAUCCAGGGAUCCGCGCCGGGCGCAAGAACGCUGCUCCCCUCAUCAUUCGACCUUCCACGGACUGGGAGUGACCGUUAUGAACCUUGUCUCCCUGCUAGGAUUAGCCUCAGAGUACGUGAAGAGUUUAAAUAACUUGACUUCUCGUGGAGGGUGGGGUGAAGAGCUAGGGUCCAGCCAAUGUCACCUCCAGCUGGAAAAAAAAAAAAGGGCACCAGAAUAAAAUAUGCAGUGGCUCUUCUUCUCUUUUAAAAAAUAAAUAGAAGUUAAACAUUUUCUUCUAAACCUCAUAUUUUACCAGUGACACCAGAGAGAGGGGAGAGAGAUUUUCAUUAAAGCUAAGGAGGAACUUUGGAGCAGUAAAACUUGUGAAGGCCAAUGAAGAACGUGUUGCCUUCUGUGGUCCCAAACCUCUGAUGGGGGUUUACAUUCCAAGACAGUGUUGCUUAAUCUGAAAAUUAAGCACUGGUGUUAGCAAGGUAGAAGGCCAAGGUGUUUGUGUUGACUGUGAACAGAGCUGGUCAGGAGUGUGUGUGAGUGAAAAGGUGUGGCCAUUCUAUGUACUCUGAACGUGGAAGGCAUAAACUCUCUGGGUAGUGAUGGGAAGAGACCCUUCUGUGAAGAGGUUAAUAUGGAGAAUUGCACACAUAGGCUGUAAAAUGUUGACCCUUCUCCAAUCUUAUUUUGUUGCCUGCUAAAGUGCAUAUCUAGGUAGCAGCACCUGAACUCUUGGUAGUAUGCUGUAGUGCAGUGUUUCUCAACCACCGGUCUACAAGGCAUUGGGUACCGGUCCUUGAGGCAUCACUAAUAAAAGUCACGCCCCCCACCCACCCACCCCCCAAAAAUUGGGGGCCGGCAGGGGCCGCCUGGAGUUCAUUUCCAGGCAGCCCUCACUGCUGGAUAACAUUCAUUUUGCUUCCUUGAAAUGAACUUUUUCUUCCUGGAAAUGAGCUCCAGAUUGCUGCCCGGAAUUGUUUUGGGGGGGGUGUCUGGGGGUGAGGUUGGGGGCGAGGGGGGUGACCCCCUUACUAACGGCUGGUCCAGGAAACUGCGCACAAAUAAUGUAGCGGUCCAUGACUCCAAAAACGUUGAGCAACACUGCGGUGUAGUGCAUAGGUGGCUCAGGAGAUGCACCUCCUCCUCUGAGACAUCCCAGUGCUUGCUGCAGGAGGCUGCCUCUGCAGACUGCAUAGAGCUGCAGCUGCCUGGCAGACAGAUUACUACAGAGAUGAGAAACUCAGCACUUUUGCCGUGACCCACAAGAUAGAGUUGUCUGGUCACGUCCUUGCUCUUGAGACCCAAACAGGACUAAGAUGGUAUCUGAAGGAAAGCCACAUACAUCCUUCUAGCUUCUGGUGGUAGCUACCUUGAUUUUUGCCCGGGCUUGUUCCCUGCGCCAGAUCACAAACAAUCAGAAUAGUGAAUUGAAUAGUUACCAUUGUUGCAACUCUUGUCUGUGGCCAUCACACGACCAGGGAGCCACCACAGGCAAAAGGCAGCCACGGCAUGCCGGGCACUCCAGUGCAUUGGCCCCACAGCGGGCUGUGAAUGUCUUCCAGAUGUUUACUUGAAGAAAAGGAACCUCUCCUCACCUCUUGCUGUGGACGUUUGCCAGUGCAGCGCAUUGGCAGGUAGGGCUGAUGCAAAAUAGAAUGUGUGAUGCAAAAUGGAGUCACAUAAGACUUGGCUCCCUUUUGAACAGGCACCCUAUUUUGCAGUACAGGAGGCAGGCAAAAAUGUUUGUCCAUUGAGAAUGAGAGCAAAGGCUAUAGGGUUGGAUGAUGUCAUUAUCAUGCCUAUAUGAGCCAUGCUUGGCAGGGAUUGCCUUAGAAAGAAAUUGUGAAAAAUGUAGAAGUUCCAGAGUGGGGGGGGGGGACAGCUGCAAAUGGGGUUGGUGGAGUGGGGGGAGGCUAUAAAUUCUUUGUAUUCUUUCCUCUGCCUAGCUUCUCCUCCUGAAAUUGCAUCUCAGAAUUGGAUGUUGUCGGGCUGAGAUGCUUUCUAACAUGUCUUAGAGGUAAAGUGCGUAUCCUUUUUAGUUCAGUGAAACUCUUAUAAUAAAACAGAUUGAAGGGAAACAGGCAGGUUUUUAACAGGUUUUAGAAUUAAUGGCAGAGUAACCCCCUAUUUCGCAGCCAGAGUGUGCUGGCGCAGCAGUCCUAGAGCAGGUGAUUUGCCUCACCUCCUCUCCUUGCUGCAGCUCCUGAGCCCCUCCCUGAAAAACCCAUUCCUGAGGAUUGAGGGACCCUCAGCAAUGUCAUAGUCUGUGCAAAGGGAUUUCAGAGGGAGAAAGAAAUCCCUGGGAAAGGGGUGAAGAUCUCAUGCAAGGAUUCUUCUGCACCCCCCACGCCACAGUCAAUUUCAUUGUUGAGGGUCUCUCAAACUUUGGGGAUGCUUGUGGGUUUGCAGUGACAAGGAAGGGGUGGGAAAAUAGCUUGCAUUACACUGCUGCACCAGCACCCUUCUGGAUCUAUCCCUUCUGUUUACAAGGAGACUAUGCCACUCAUUCAAAAGAGAUGUGACUUGGGCUAAAUAUUAUGGGGCUUGAUACAAGCGUUAAUAGGACACAUGCAGUGGAAGCCUGUCUCAAACGGCUAGAAUGUUUUCAGCUUAUAAUUGAGUUUUAUUAUAGAUAUUUCUUUAAUGUACAACUGAGAUUCAGAUUCCCAGUGCAAACUCCUUCUGUUAUUGGAUUGCAGCUGCUUCUGGGCCUUGGUGCCUCAAACAGGAUCUGUGCUACAGGUCAUGUUUCCGGAAGGCCGAGAGGAGGUAGCUUUUACUGAUUUUGACGUUUUGUAGCACAUACAGAGAUUUGUUCUAGUUCAAAAAAGCCCUUCCAGUCCAGCUUUGGUGAGUUUUUGUAUGAAAUUACAGAGAGGAGAUUCUGCUUCUUGCUGAUCAGAGCUUAACGGUUGGGGGGAAAUGCCCCCCUCCUCCCGGUUGGAGCUCUGUUUCAGUAGCUCAAGAAGAGUUAGGAGUUCAGAAAUUAUUACUAUAGAAAUGUGCGUGUGCAUGUGAUUAGAAUAAAUUUGAACUUCAGAACAAAUUUGAUUAACAGUUGGGGAAUAUGAGUGCCAAUGCCGUGUUGAUCACAGCAAGGGGUGGGGUGGGAGGUGGGCCUCCAGCUUCCUUUCAAUUCCUCCAGGAGAUAAAAUUUCCAGUUCAACUCCAGGUUAGUCAUUGGCUUAAUAAGCUCCUCCUGGUGAUGACUUCUUGCCUCUCAUCAGAAUUCAGUUGUCUUUGGGGAGCCAGCCACCAGAGAAAUGAGAAUUAAACUGUUAGGCUUGGCUUGCAUCUGUCCUCUAGUGGUGAUAUUUGAGGUUGCUUGGUUUACUCCAUUUAUUUGUGUGUGCGUACAAUAGAAGAAGCGCUGUUCUGGACACUGCAAAUCCUUGAGCAUGGGUGGGCUCGUAUAUCAGCAGUUCUUUGGCAACCCACAGCUUAGUGAAAUAAACUUACAUUGUGGCUUGUAAAGAUGUUAAUAAAAUUCCUGUUUAUUUGACAA